AUGGAUCUAACGGAGGCAUUCGCCCCGGGAGGGGGCGGGGAGGAUCUGCCAAAGACCGACUUCUUCGACUUCGUCGUCUCCCCGCCGCCCCAUUGCGCGUCCACGGACGGCAUUUCCGACGAGGAGAGCUUCCUCCAUCGCACGACCUGCCGAAGCAUCGGUUACCUUCAGCAGAGCCACGAGGAGCACGAGGCAAGCCGCGAUCUUCACGGCUCGCCGUUCAUCAAAGAAACCAAUAACAAUACCUUGACGGCUCUGCCGCCCGUAUCGACGAUCACGAGCUCCCUGGGUCAUCAUCAUCAUCAUCAUCACGUGAGGACCCAUCACAACGCCUGCAACGUACAGACCAGCAACGAGCAGACUCCCAUGGACCAGUCGGACUGCGACUACUGGACCACCGACGAGAGCAAGGAGCAGACCUGCAACAUACUCCUGGAGGAUUUGAACAAGUACUGUUGGUCGGCCCACGCGAACACUCAGAGCCACGGUAACGAGAACGUGAGCGUUCACCAGGGCACCAACGACCAUCAUCAGGGCGUGGGUCGAGGAUGCGCCGCGAACGACAGACAGAACACGGACGGAGCUAUUUAUACGUUAACAGUGCUGAACAACGAAGCGAACUCGAUGGACGCGCUAGACUGUUGCAAGAGCCCAGCGCCGACGUCCAGCGACUCCUGGUCCCUGCGGCCCAAUCUGGACCUGGACGCUAUACUGAGUAUGGAGCCCGCAUCGUCCGAGCAGGAACACGACCAGUCCACGAACGUGAGCGAAGUGUCGCGGACGGUGAACGACAGGUUUCAUCCGGACCGUUUCUCCGUCGCGUCGUCCCAGUACACCACCGACGACAGCGGUUUCGUCGAGAGCAAGGAGCUCUGCGGUCGAGCGUCGUCCAACAGCGGAAACUGCACCGGCGGCGACAACAAUAACGACUGGAAGCUCUCGGAUCAGAAUCUGCAGGAGGCGGCGGCCGCGGCAGCAGCGGCUGCGGUCGCGGUGGGCGCUGGAGACUCGGCGGAGAGUCUCCUGAGAAGCGCCCUCCAGGGGAAGCUGUACACAGGCCCGGCCCAGGUGGUCUCCUCCUCGUCGCCGUCCAACCAGGGCACCGCCAUGCCCAUACCCGUCACGAGUAACGCUGCUCUGCAGAUAGUCACUGACCAGCAGCAGCAACAGCAGCAGCAGCAGCAGCAGCAACAGCAACAGCAGCAGCAGCAGCAACAACAACAACAGCAGCAGGACGAAUCCAUGCACGCCUGCACCGACGAGGACCUCUUGUUAUCGCAGUUGGACCAAACGACCUACCGACCUGGCGACUACGAGAAGCUGAAGAGCAUAGCGAACGAAGUGGUCGAGUCCUACUGCAGCCUGGAACCUGUCUGCAACGUCUCCGCGACCACCACGGUGAUGUACACCUUGGACCCGACGAGCGGCAGCCUGGGCACCAUCACGCUUCCGGCGGACCUGGGCCAGGUGAGCACGGUGACGGUGGUCACGGCUGCUCAACAAGACGUCCUCCAGCAGCAAGCGGCUCCACGGGCCGAGGUGGAGCAGCAACAACCGACCAAUCAGCUGCAGAUGGCUCCUUCGAGGGUGGUGGCGACGAAAGCGCCGAAAAAGUACUGUAGACGCGCCAACAGAAACAGCAGCAACGCGAACGCGGCCAGCAACGGCAAUAGCGGACCCGAGACUGCUGGAACCGUAGGCGGACAACAACAGGGUGCGUCGGGAGGCUCGCCGGGCAGCAUUCAGCGCAAGGAACGUUCGCUGCACUACUGCAGCAUCUGCAGUAAAGGGUUCAAGGACAAGUACAGCGUGAACGUGCACAUCAGAACGCACACGGGCGAGAAACCCUUCGCCUGUUCCCUGUGCGGCAAGAGCUUCCGGCAGAAGGCCCACCUGGCGAAGCACUAUCAGACGCACGUCACGCAGAAGCCCAGCGUCCAGCAACAGGCGACCGGGAACAGCGGCAGCAACAACGGGAACAGCGGGAACCCGAGCCCGUCGGCGGAGACCACCACCACCACGACGAGCAGCGUGACAAACAGGAGUCAACCGCAUCAGGUGUCUGUCGAUCCUUCGGGGACCGCCUGCAAUCCACCCAGUUAG